UGUCAUAUUUGUUUAUGGGCGGAUCUUGAUUUAUUAUGGUACAAAGAAAAGAUGGUUUUGUUGGUAUAACGAAAAUUAAAAUACAAAAAUAAAACACUCAAUACUUUAUUAAAAAAAAUUUAGUUUAAUGGGAAAUUCGCACAACAAAAGUAAUCAGCACAGGGACCAUAAACAGGCAGCUUAUUCAAACCGAGACGCUCAAGCAUUUACAAGUCAGUUUAGUCUGUCCCAUUUCGUGGGCAAUCUUAGCGGGCGUUCCUUCGUUAGUCUAACGAGUAACCAGUCCGUGUACAGCGCAUCGCGACCUUGGUCUCGAGUUUCUAGACGAAGAUGGAAUGAUACAACAUUAAACAACCAGUUGGAAGCAAGCAAAACAGCUUGGCCUGUUGCUCACAAAGAGUCUAUUUUUCUACCUGAAUUUCCAAUCACAACUGACCUAUUACAGAAAGAUUUUCAAGUUGUUGAAGCAAUUGCUAAAGGUGCUUUUGGAGAAGUAAUAAAAGUUAAGAAAAUCAGCGAUGGGAAAGAAUAUGCACUAAAAGUCCUCAGCAAAUCUAAGGUAGUCACUGAAAGAGCUGUGGGUCAGGUGAAGGAAGAAGCACAUAUACAAUCUGCCGUCGGGCACCAUUGCUUCAUUGCCAACGCCAUCUCCCGUUGGCAGACAAAGAAAACACUUUAUAUUGUUUCAGAAUACAUUCCCUGCGGUGAACUGCUAGCUUUACUCGAUAAAUAUAAGAAAUUACCCGAAGAACUUGUGAAAGUGUUUGUUGCUGAGAUUGCCAUAGCUAUAGAUUUUCUCCACAACGCGGGUGUUAUCUACCGAGAUUUGAAGCCAGAGAACAUACUUUUGGACACGGAGUACCACAUUCGACUCGUUGACUUUGGCCUUUCGAAGUGGCUGUCUAUCGGCUCGCGGACGACUACACUCUGUGGCACUCUUAAAUAUAUGGCCCCUGAAAUUCUUAGUCGGGAGCCGUAUGGUCAUGCUGUGGACUGGUGGUCGUUGGGCGUGCUUGCUUGUAGGAUGUUGACUGAUGAGUAUCCAACGCCUGCGAUGAACACAAAUUCAGCAGAACAAAGAGACGAAGUCGACAGGUCUGCUGAUGUCCAUACAAACAAAUCUAUGAGUCCGAGAGAAGAUCAAAACAGCUAUAAAGAAGGAGUCCCAGGCACUCUGCCAGUUAGCGCUGCUACUUUGUCUACUGCAUCUCGAGGUUUGCUCAUGCGACUACUGGAAAGGGACCCCAGGGUGCGCUUGCGCAGUUUGCGGCAGCUGCAACAGUCGGCAUUCUACAUGAGCUACAAUUUCGAACACGUUAAUGCUAAAAAGGUUUCACCGAGAUCAAUACUUGAAAAACAUUUUCCUCCAGAUAAAAACUUAGAAGAUGGCAUUAUCAACUCUACUCAUCACUUCCCAUCAUUUGAUCAAUAUAAUAUGGCCGUGUAG